AGGGAUUGUAACAGAAGAACAACUGCCUCUCCCUCAGCCCAGAGCACAACUUGUUCUGAGAAAACGUUGGGUCGCACCAAGUCUGAUCGAGGGACACCAUGAAAGACUGGCGAUGGUUACCUCUGCAAAAAGCGUUCUACCCUUUGGUGGAUUACCCCCCUACCAAAAUGUCCCAGCCCACUGCUGCUGACGAGGGGAGCAACUUUGAGCAUCUGUGGAACACCUUAGAACCGGACACCACCUACUUUGAGCUCCCCCAGGGGGAUCACUCCGGGGAACGGACAGACCCCUCCACCAGCGCCCCGGGGAACCAUGCUUCAGAGGUCUGCAUGGACGUCUACCACAUGAGGGACAUGAACGACAAUGUCAUGUCCCAGUACAACCUGCUGAGCAGCAGCAUGGAGGCCAGCCUGGGGAGUCAGCGAGCUGCGUCCACCAGCCCCUACAGCUCGGGGGAGAACACAUCCGCGGUGCCCACGCCGUCACCCUAUUCACAGCCCAACAGCACCUUCGAUGGCCUGUCGCCAGCGCCAGCUAUCCCGUCCAAUACCGACUACCCCGGGCCACACUCCUUCGAAGUCACCUUCCAGCAGUCCAGCACAGCCAAGUCCGCAACCUGGACGUAUUCCCCACUGCUGAAGAAGCUCUACUGUCAAAUUGCCAAGACUUGUCCAAUCCAAAUCAAGCUGUCCUCAGUGCCCCCUCAUGGCAGCAUUAUCCGUGCCAUGCCCAUCUACAAGAAGGCAGAACACGUCACAGAGGUGGUCAAACGAUGCCCCAACCAUGAGUUGGGACGGGACUUUAACGACGGUCAGACAGCCCCAGCCAGUCACCUGAUCAGAGUGGAGGGGAACAACCUGUCCCAGUAUGUAGAUGACCCUGUCACGGGCAGGCAGAGCGUCAUGUUGCCCUAUGAGAACCCCCAGGUGGGAACAGAGUUCACCACCAUCCUAUAUAACUUCAUGUGUAACAGUAGCUGUGUAGGCGGGAUGAACAGGAGACCCAUCCUCAUCAUCAUCACUCUGGAGACACGCGAUGGUCAGGUGUUGGGGCGAAGGUCAUUUGAAGGACGGAUAUGCGCCUGUCCAGGGCGAGAUCGCAAGGCAGAUGAAGACCACUUCAGGGAGCAGCAAGCCCUAAGUGACAACGUGUCCAAGAAUGACAACAAUGGCAACAAGCGCACAUUCAAACAGACUCCUCCCAACAUUCCCAGUCCAGGCAUGAAGAGGCGGCGGCAUGGUGAAGAGGAGAUCUACUAUAUACCUGUGCGUGGCAGAGAGAACUUUGACCUGCUGAUGAAGAUCAAGGACAGUCUAGAGCUCUUGGAGUUCGUACCACAGCAGCUGGUGGACUCCUACAGACAACAACAACAACAGCUGCUCCAGAGACAGAGCCAUGUCGCAUCCUCCUCCUCAUACAGCUCUCCCCUGUCCAACAUGAACAAGCUGCACGUGGUCCACGGGGGCCACCAGUCUCAGCAGAACCCCCUCCCCAGCAUGGGCCACAUGGGUCCCAACAUGCUCAACAGUCACCACAUGCAGAGCAACGGUGACAUGACUGGGGGACACGGGGGAGGCCAGUCCAUGGUGUCUACGUCGCACUGCACCCCUCCCCCUCUGUAUAACCCUGACCCCAGCCUAGUCAGCUUUUUAACCAGUCUAGGCUGCCAGAACUGCAUUGAGUACUUCACGGCGCAGGGCCUGCAGAGUCUCUACCACCUCCAGACUCUGUCCUUGGAGGACCUGGGUGCUCUGAAAAUCCCUGAGCAGUUCCGGUUGGUAAUCUGGCGAGGACUCCAGGACAUGAAGCAGGGGGGUGGGAUGGGUCCUCCUACUUCCUCCCAUGAGCACUAUGGCCAGCAGCUCCUUCGCUCCAGCAGCAACAUGGCCGCCGCUGCCAUGGCCAUCGUCCCCGGCGGCGAGCUGCAGCGCCAGCGUGUCAUGGAGGCUGUGCACUUCCGUGUGCGCCAUACCAUCACCAUCCCAUCAAGCCGCCCAGGAGGCGGGUCACAGGCGGUCACCGCCGCCACAGAUGACUGGGCAGACUUUGGCUUUGACAUGCCCGACUGCAAGGUUUCCCGCAGCAACAAGCACUCCAUCAAGGAGGAGUUCAUGGAGAAUGAUAUCCACUGAUAGAAAGGGAAAGGAAAGGAGGAAGAGAAAAAGAGAUGGAGACAGAGG